AUGGCUAACGUGUCCGGGGUGGGGACGCUAAAUGCGGAUGAAACAGAAUUGGUUCAGCUGGACACGAAGUCGAGAACUGUCGGGGAAACUUAUGCGGUGGAAAAGAUUGUUGGAAUCAGAACGAGUGAGACCGGUGAAAAGCUCUAUAAGGUACGGUGGAAAGGGUUCUCCGAAAGUGAAGAUACGUGGGAACCGUACGAGAAUUUAACGGAUGGUUGUGACCGGUUAAUUAUCGAAUAUGAAGUUAGUCAAAAAUCGAAAAACAACGAGAAUAGGGAACAUUUAUUGCCAUCAACUAGUAGAAGUAACAAUUCAUCGGAGGAUAGCAUCGAAAGAAAUAACCGACAUACCCUCUCUACUCGUUGGGAAUAUGAAACAGUUGAAGUGCUCACGCCGGAUGAAUGGAAUCGGUUUGGUGAUGUUGAGAAUCGUGAACUGGGUGGUCUUUAUAUUCCAGAUCGAAUUCCAACUGAAACGGAAAAGCUGCUGUGUAAUCUUGCACCAGAUGUAGGUCGCGUUACUAGAAAUAAACUGAAAACCGUUAUGAAAACCGAAAACUCUCCAGUAGAUGAAACACGGUCAUCAGAUGGUGCUAAAAAACAAACUGCUAGAAGCAGACGACGAGAUGGAAAGAAAAGUGUUGCAUCCACAGAUAUAAAAAGAUCGGUUGAUGAUGGCCGACGUAGUGUUAUCAAGGAUGAAAGUAAAGUGCUGGCAAAUAUGAGUAAGGCUGAGGAAGAACGAGAAGAAUCUUUACUACUAACAUUUUCGGAAAGAGCAGCUACAGCAAAAGUAGAAAUCCCGGAUGAACUAUUGCUAUCGGAGUGUGCUGAUAAUGGUUUACAGAUUGUCGCAGCGGAUACAUCCACAGAAGAUGAAGGAUCUGCAGUUAAUAAAAAUAGCUCUUCAUUUCGUAACAUUGGCAAUAGGCGUUCAGGGCGAGGAAGAGGAGGAAGUCGAGGACGUGGAAGACGGAGGAAAGUAUCCCCCCUCCGUUCAAAUGAGGAUGUCGCUAUUUCACCAGCUAGUUCUGAAGUGCGACCAACAAGUGCUGAAUUCUCUGAUGAAGUACCAAAUUUGGUAGUGGAUGAUAUGGAGCCAAUAUCUGAUGAAGAGAGAUCGAAUUCAAUACGUGAAAGUACAGCUAGGAGCCAUCGAGGCAGCUCCCGUGGUCGAGGAUUAUCAAGAGGAAAUAAGGGAAAACGAGCAACCACAUCAUGUGGAACUACUGUGGUGGACACUAGUGAGACGUCUAGUAACAGCAUCAGAUUGAAUAGGGGUAGAAAACGAAGAGCUUCUGCAAAUACCGAUGAUCUUGUUGAAGAACGGGUAUCUACUACUGAAGAGACUUCUGCACAAGACAUACCUCAAAAUACAUGCAAUACCAUUCAAGUGCUUCCUACAGAUGAUGAGUCAGAUGAACCGGAACCAGAUGUUUCAAUGCUGGAAAUGCUUAGUUUUGAAAUACCAGAAUUACCGUUACCUUUAACAAAUGCUGAUAUUUCAGCUAUCGAAAUUGCUACAAUUCGUAGACAUCAACAAAAUCGCGAAAAACCUCUGCAAACGUUUGAACAGUUCCGAAGCGCAGUUUUAACAAAUCAACUCUCUGCUGUUAGAUGGACGGGUCGCUGCGUACCAGAAAGGCGCGGUUUUGAUUUCAACCAGAAAUAUCGCGGCAAAACUAUUGCAAUUGAAUUAUGCGAGAGACCUUGCGGUCCGGCUCACGAAACUGAUGACAUGUUACGGCAAAUUGUCCGUGAUGGUGCACGGCUGGACAUACCGGACGAUACGAGGGGACGCAUCCCGUUGCACUUUGCUAUAUCUUGCGAGUUUUGGUGUCGAGUUAAGACUCUUCUACAUUUAAGAUCACCAGUAAAUACUGAAGAUAAAGACAAAAAGACACCGCUGCAUCUAGCGAUUCUAACUCCUCGCGCGCCAAAUUUCGAAGUGACGAAAACGAUUUAUCUACUCCUCGAAUAUGGUGCUGACGUUAAUGAAGUAAUCAGAAAAAUGACACCAUUGCGGAACAGAUACCUAUCAAAUCUUAUCGAUCAUCAGCAGCGCCUUUCUGAGGCUUUUGAUGAAGCGAGGAUGAAAACUUUGGUAGACAUAACUGUGAAGCGAAUACUCCUUCCUGUUUCCGUCCGGGCAAUGUGGGAAUUCGAAUCAACAGAUUGGACAACUGAAAUUGGCUUUAAUCAUGAAACGUUCCUGUUUCCCAAUGAUCGCUAUGCUUAUAUGAUAUUACUUGCUGUUUUCGAUUAUCGGAGCGCACGAUAUUGGCGUGUACGAAUGUGGGGUGAAAGUCCCUUUGACGAUGUGCAGAUGAAUAAUGAUGCGGUGGAACCACUGACCAAUAAUCCGAAAGGUUUCAUUUAUGUGACUUCGCUUAUCAAUGGCUGGAAUAAGUUGAAAAUCCGCUUUCAUCCUUAUGUUAAAAAGAAGAAAUGGUUAAUGAUGGCACAGGUGUUGCUUGUACAGUUACACAAACCUGCCUCAUAUGUACCAAGACCUGCACUUGAAGUAGCCCCUGAAAGUGGUACUGAUUGGAGACACGAAUGA